AUGAACACAGACGUCCCUAGUUUCACCAGCUCCCAGGCCCCCAACCCUCUCGCUGUCUUCACAGCUCCAUCCACUCCAGGGACCCCCGUGGAGGCAGCCGACUUCCUCCCCGUGCUAAUUGCCCUGGCCUGCAUCUUCCUCCUGCUGACCACUUGUCUGCUGUUCAUGACUAUUUGCAAGCCCGCCGCGCUGGACCCGAAUCGCCGUGGGCACGAGUGCAUGCCCCACCAUCCGGGGAGCCCCAGCGAGCCUCAGCUCCGCCUCUGGAAACGUCUGGGUUCCCUGCGCUGGUCCUUGCAUAGCUUCCGCAGGGGUCGGCCCGCUGCCUCACGACGCCCCCUGCCGGGACGCGAACGCAACAGCGACUGGGACUGCAUGGAAUCCACGAAGAUGUGA